AUGCUGCCACCUCAGUCUAAUCCCGCUCAACCUCGUGAACAAUUGACCGUAUACUACCAAAACGUCCGGGGUUUGAGGACCAAAACAAGCACGCUUCUUCUUAAAUUGUCUUCCUGUGAUUUUGACGUUAUAGUGUUCACCGAGACGUGGCUUCACGCUGAUAUUGAGAAUGCUGAACUGGCAAGUAACUACACUAUUUACCGCUGUGACCGUAAUCCUCGAACUAGUCAGCUUCGGCGUGGCGGCGGCGUGUUAAUUGCUGUAAAAUCGGAACUCAACUGUAAAGCUGUUCGUCUAGUAGACUGUGAGAGCCUCGAGCAAACUGCCGUGGAAAUAAUGCUCUCAUAUCAUUCCAUUUUCGUCUGUUCCGUCUAUAUCCGUCCUGUAAGCCAUCCUGACAAGUAUACCAAGCACGCUGAAUCCGUACAACAGCUUCUUGACAUGGCAGCUCCUUGCGAUACGAUAAUCGUCAUCGGCGAUUACAACUUGCCUGAUCUAGUCUGGGAUUUUGAUAAGGAUGUGAAUGGGUUCUUGCCAAUCAACGCGUCUACCGACCAAGAACUAGCCGUAGUUGAGUCUUUGCUCUCUAAAGGGCUCAAACAAAUCAACGAUCUGGUCAACGUGAACGGCAAGCUACUCGACCUUGUUCUUGUGAGCGACGCGGACUCCAUGAUACUAUUUGAAUCGCCGUCUGCUAUGCUGAAAGUCGACCCGCAUCAUAAGCCGCUGGUUGAGUAUAACUUUGCAAGGUGUGAUUUCGACCUCGUGAACGCGAGAUUGGAUGCGUUGGAUUGGUCGCAGCUACUCGAUCUGCCAACUGUUGAUGCAGCCGUAUCCGCUUUUUAUAACAUUUAUCAAGUAAUAGAUGCGACUGUUCCUCUGAAAACCCGCAGACCUACGACAGUUUUCAAACAACCGUGGUGGACUCCGCAACUGCGCAACUUGCGUAACCAUCUGCGCAUUCCAGCAGAUUUGACCUAUGGUGAUCAGAGUUCGUCCACCGAUGCUGCUUCCGCUAAACUUUUUGCUGAUUUCUUUAAAAGCGUAUUUGAGCCCAGUAAAACUCUUCCGUCGCAGCAGUAUAUCGACCAGCUACCUAGUUACAACAUCCGUUUGCCACAGUCCGAUUUCAGCCUGGAUACUGUAUACAAAGCACUCUGUGCAGUCGAUGCUUCGAAAGGACCUGGACCAGACCGUAUACCGCCAUCUUUCGUUAAAACCUGCGCAGCAUCAUUGGCCUCGCCCGUCAUGUUUGUUUUCAACCGUUCGCUUAAGGAAGGUAUUUUUCCAGAUGCCUGGAAACUCGCGUCCAUUACACCGAUUUUCAAGUCUGGAAAUAUUCAUGUGGUUGAUAACUACCGCCCAAUCUCGAUUCUGAACUGCUUGGCCAAAGUUUUGGAAGGUCUACUACAUGACUUGGUGUACCCAGUAGUUCAACCUGCAAUAUCGAACUUUCAGCAUGGAUUCGUGAAAAAACGCUCGACCAUAUCGAACUUAAUGGCAUUCACCAGCACCGCUACCAACACCAUCGAGAAGCGGCAUCAAGUUGAUACUAUUUAUGUUGACUUCUCCAAGGCUUUUGACAAGGUUCCACACGAUCUCGCCGUCGCAAAGCUGAGCCGACUAGGGCUUCCCUCAUGGAUAGUCACCUGGAUUGAUUCAUUGACAUCGUGGUGUCGAAUGAAUGGAAUGCAGACAAAUCCAUCAAAAUGCAAAGUCAUCACCUACACCCGAAAGCAUGAACCGAUACGGUUUGAGUACUCGAUGGACUCUGCGAUGCUGCAGAGAGUUUACUCCAUUAAGGACCUUGGAAUAACUCUAGAUAGCAAACUGAAGUUUAAUGAGCACAUUUACAAGACCAUUGCGAAGGCCAAUUCAAUGCUUGGCUUCUUGCGCCCGGCCUUGAAUAUGGAGUUCAAAUCUGGGCCCCGUAUCGCGGUGUUCAUGAACUACGAAUCGAAAAUGUUCAGAAACGGUUCGUCCGAUUUGCAUUACGCCGACUGCCCUGGAUUGAUGCCCGAAACCUACCACCGUACGAACACAGAUGCGCUCUAA